AUGGUACUCGUUGAAAUUAUCAUUGCAUUAAGGAGAUCCGUCUGGGCAUCGCUUUCAGAAUCUGGUGAGUGUCCAGUUGAUUUCGGACGUGUUUGGGAUGAAGUUGUUGAUUUGAUCAGAUGGUCACCGCAGGAGGAUGGCUCGAUAGUUGCAGAGGUUUCCGUGACAGUUGAGCUCGAGGUCUUUGGGAAGCGUUCACCAAUUUGA